AUGGUACUUGCAACGCCCGCUCUUGCCCUCCCCGCUCCUCCGCUCCUGCCACGCCCACCGCGCCCCUCGUCCGGUCGGACCCCUCCCGGAGGACCAGGAGUCCCGGGGACACCGGCCCGGCCCGCCGCCGCCAGCCACCAGCGCAGCCCUAAGUUGCCUCCACUCCCUGCCGCCGCCUGGGCUACCCGGACCCUGGACGGCAACUCGUGGGUGGCCGCUGCGGAUGACCCCAACCCCCAGCCGCGGCCGCAGCGAGUGCCGCCAUCCUCCACUCACCGCGGCGCUCCAUCCCGCGUCCCGAACGCGGACGCCCGCCCGACACUCACGGCCGCCGCCGCCGCCGCCGCCGCCGCCGCCGAGGGCUGGAGCUCGCCGCUCCCAUCCCCCACGGCCCGCGGACGCCCGGCCAAACCGCCGCCGCCGCCCCUGCAGCUACAGCCACAACCACCGCAGCCCGCGCCACCCCGCCCCCGGCCUCUCACCUCCCGCCCGGCCGCGGCCCGCCCCCUGGGGCCCAGCCCAUUGGCCCGCGCGCCCCGGGGGCGGGGACGAGCGCCAGAGGCAGGUGGGGCCGGCCACUGUCUCUCGCGCGCCCAGCGCAGGCUGUCACCUUCGUCUCGGCCUGCACACUGUCCCGAGGUCUGCAGGACGUGUUAG